CAAGAGUUUCAUUCUGUGAAAUUUACAAAAUUACAUGUCAAUCACUACAACGCAACAAGAUACAGCUCUUUUUGUCUUUUUCUGUUGUUUAUGAUUUAUGAACCAUUUGGUAAUGUAUCCAUCCUUCACAAAAUUCAUUAUUGUAUACUAAUUAGGCUACCUAUCAUUUAUUGAUUUAUGCUCACGCCUCUGCCUCUACACUCUAACUUACUUAAACUUAAAUUUAUUUAACAUUUUAAAAUUUAAUUAUAAUGUACUCGUCAUUACUCAUACUCAUACUAUCAUACUCAUACUACUAAUACUAGGCUUAGACUAAGGCAACAAUGUAGGCCAAAGUGUAAGUAAGUAGGCCGCCUGCACUGCAAGUAUGCAAGUGCAACACACCGUUGACGUUGUCCACAGUCACACUCACAACUAGCCUACACACUAACACUAAGUUAGUUUAGUUUAAGAGUUGACAGUCAAUUAACAAUUUAACACUAACAGUGACUCACGUCACACUCACACACCCGGGUCCGAAUGGUGGCGAUGCGUGUCCGGAUCCAUUUUGUCUAAAUCAACUAAAUGCUAUUCGGAUGUCAUUUGUGGUAGUUUAUUUUAGUUAAACUGAAGAUUUAAGUUUAAAAACAUAUAGAUCUAGUUUUUCAUUUGUUUAACUUUUUUUUUUAAUGUGACGCUCUUGGUUUGGUCAGUGGUGGAGUUUUCUGAGAUUUGUGAGGGGGGGGGGGGGGGGGGGGGGUAAAUAUUUCCCAAAAAUAAUGUAUGUACUAAUGUAUGUAAAUAUAUAUGUACUAUAUAAAUAUUAUAUUUGUUUGUCUUUUUGUUCUACUAAAAAAAUUGAGACAAAAUUAUUUUACAAAUUGAACAAUCUCUUAGUUACUUAAAUUCCAAUGUAGGCCCAUUUGAAUUUAUGAAUGAAAAUCUGACACCUUAAUUAAUAACACUUAUUAUUUAUGUGUUCUUAUUAACUUAUAAGCUUAAUUUAAUCAUUUUUAAAAUCUGAUGCUUUUCUUGCAUAACAUUUGCUGUGAUCUCUAGGCCUACAUCUAUUCUCAUAUUUGGUUUUCAGAUCACUUUGUGAGUUGUAGAACUUUAUGACAUAAGUUCCAAAGCAACCGAGCCACAUCAAAAUGGAUUUUGGCUCUGAUUUAAUUUUUCUAGAUGAAGGGAAUGAGGUGGAGGAGGAGGAACAGCAAGAGUCAGAGGAGGAGGAAGAAAGAAUCUAUGGUAAAUAUUACAAUAUCUACAGUUGAUCACACAGAUAAGAUAUUUAAAACCUAAUGAAUUUUCUUUUACUGCACAUACAUUUUUUAUCAUUAAUGAUAGUAGCUUUUUAAAGAUAGAAGAAUAUAAGAAUUUAAUGACAGCAAGAUUUAAAAUACAAUGAGUAUGCUAAUUAUACGGUUACAAUAAACAUACACCAAAAGAAAAAUAAAGAAACGAUAAAGUAAUAUAUGUUAACAUCUAACAUUUCACAGCAUCUAUUUAUAAUUAUGUGUUUACAGCUAACAUUUCAAAGAAGCCAUCUAUGAUUAUGUGUUAACAUCUAACAUUUCGCAGAAGCUAACUAUGAUUAUGUGUUAACAUCUAACAUUUCACAGAAGCUAAAAAUGACUAUGGCCCAUCACAUGGUGUAUUCGUUGCUGGGUUUGAGUGUGAGAUUAUGGAAUAUGAUGAGAGUGGAACGGAAACACCAGUCACAUUUGCUGGAACAGAGGUGAGAGACAGUUAAUGCAAUAAAGUUGAGAAUAGUUUGUUGGGGGGUUUUUUUGUUGUUUUUUUAUCUUUAUUACAACUUCCAAGAAAUAUUUUUCAUACAAGAUUUGAAUUUUUCCGUACUUACAGAGGGCACAAGUCAGUGAACUCAAACUUUCAAAUAUAAAUAUAUCACCACUAAUUUGGGGCAAACUAACAAAAAUAUAUAUUUAACUUAUGUAAUCAAAGUAAGCCUGAUAAGAUAUAUUUUAAUCAAAUAGCAUAAAAUAAUUACCCUGUACACAAAAUUACUAUCAAAGGCAAAAACUUUAUUCGACUCAUUUGAAUUAAUUUUCACAACCUAUAACAUAUUUUUAAAAUGUAUUUUGUUAAUUUAACUAUUCAAAAAAAACGAAAUAUUAUGUCCCUAGCUAGAAAUAAUGUUCUGAUAAAUUGUGUUUUCGUGACAAGUGAAAUGAAGGGAUAUAAAACUCAAAUCUGUUAAAAAGAGCAAACAAAAGAGGGCUGUGUAGUAUGUAAAAUAAAUAGAUAUUAAAUAAGUUUAAAAAAUAAUGUACAUUUCAAUAAAUUAAAGGUUGUCAAAACAGCAUAGACCAUUAUGUUUGGACUAAUUUAUCAUAAAUUAGAAUGAGUUAGUAUUUCUUAAUGGAAUGUUUCGUGUCUCAUUUCAGGAGAAAAAGCUUCCGAAGAAAAAGAACAUCAACACCAACACCAUUAGCCUGACCAUGUCUUCACUCAGGGAGCCCCCAGAACAAGUGCGCUGCCUGUCCGAGAUGAUAAAGUGUGAUAAUCCACGGUGUGAGGCUGUCUUCUCUGAUGUUGACAAGUGUGAUGAUGACAUGGUGAAUAGCUUUUAAUUCAGUUUCUUGUUCUGCUCAACAAUUCUGAAGAGCAGGUUGAAAAGGGUUAAUUUUUAUUUUAUAUUAUUGUGAUGGGAGUGAAGAAUGAUUUCAAAAAUUUGUGGGGGAGUGGGGGGGGGGGUUGCUUUUGAAAUUUUUCUAAAAAUUUAGAAAUUUUAAAAUAUUCAUCUUAAUGAAAUCAAUGUAAUGAAAUAUUGCUAUGAAAAUAAUUAAUUUUGAUCUUACAUACUCUUCAGAGCAUGAUUAUGUUCCACAAACAACUAUUCGUUUCAUUUAGGACUAUGGACGCCAAUAUGGUAUUUAUUUUUAUAACAUUUUGUUUAUUUCUCAUGACCAGGAGUGGAAUUGUAGGUUCUGUGGGAUGAGGAACAGACCAUGCAAACGUCCAUUGAUAAAUACUCAAGAUGUUUUGUAUGUUAAUGACUUAGAGAAAAAACCCAACAUGGAUCAAGUCAAGGAAGAUCACAAAAUUAUUUUUGUUGUUGACACAUCAGGCAGCAUGGGACGCACAAUGACGGUGAAUAUAUUAGUCCACCAUUUGCAUUAAUCCCAGAAUACUGAUUUGAUUAUGAAGAGAAUGUUAAUGAGGUUGGCAUUUAUUUUUUUUACAGCAGGUCCAUUAAAAGUCCAUGAUUUUAUGAUCAAGCUAUUUCCAUCUUUGACACCUCUCUCACAAGUUUGUGUUCUUAUUGUGUCAGGUUCAAAGGAAAAGUGAGAUCUUGAAAGAAAUUGUUGCCAAAGAGCUGGAGGACUACCACAAAAUGAUGCAGCAGUAUGGAGUCCAGAUAGAUCCCAACCAACAAACCAAUGAGGUUUCCUGGCUGCAGGCAGUGAAGGCAGCUAUCAUUGAGCAGAUGCUGCUCCUGAAAGAAAACCAUCCACACCGAUUUGUUGGACUCAUUACCUUCAGUGAUGUCGUGAGUUGUUUUUGUAACUGAAAUGUAGAGUGUGGUCUACAGAUUUAUGCCCUAGGUAUACAAUUUUUUUAAAAUUUCCUUAAAAAUGUUGAAAAUAGAAAAAUAAUGCCCCAUUGAAAAUGAAAAAAAAAUUUUUUUAAAUAUCACUAGAAAUAAUGUGAAUAAAAGUUGUAUUUAAAUUAGAAUUUCAAUCCCCUAGACCAAGUAUGACUGACAAAUUGGUUUAGUUCAAAAAUGUUUGAAAGUCAAACCUGGAACAAAGGUUUUAUAAUUAUGCCUACAAUUUAGAUUAUUAAAUGCAAACCUAUGGGUUAAUAUUUUCUAAAUAUACUGCUUUAUUUAAAAGAAUGGCUAGUUUAUAAAAAGGCUAAAUCAUACUGCAUAGGAAUAACCAGAACACUUAAGGUACAUGUGUUGCUUUUUUUUUUUUUUUUUUUAUUUAAUGAAAUUAUUAACAAUUAGGUGAGUAGGAUUGUGUUCAUUUCAAAUGAAUAAAAAAAGAACAAUUAUUAUUAAAUUAACAAGUUAUUUUGAAUACAUAGGUCACAAUUCACGGUGAUGCUUGGAGUUUGCCAAUCCAUUUGGAAGGCGGACAACUUCAGGAUUACCCAGAACUCUUGAGGCUUGGUCAACAACAUGGGCAACUAAGCCCUAUCAGCGCCUGUUGCAGAAAUAUUGAAGAACGGAUUAGAUUGUUAGUUUUAAAAUUAUUGUCUCUAAUUUAUUUUGGUUGUUUAAAAAGUAUAUAUUUGAUGUGUAUAUUUUAUUUUAUUUUUUUUGGACCAGGCUAAAGGUGAUAGGAAUGCCAACAUUAAAGUAACGUGGGGUUGGGGGGGGGGGGGGGGGGGGUUUGUUGAAGAAUAAAAUAUUGGGAUUACUUGCUUGAAUAAAAAUAAAAAAUAAAAAAUUUAAAAAAAUUAAUUUUUUUAAAUAAAAAUCUUUCGAUUUUUUAGUCUCUUAUUUGUAUUUUAUAUUAUAAUUACAUCAUAUCAUCAUUAUCAUAAUAAUAAUCAUCAUCAUUAUCAUCACAUAUAAAUUAUCAUAAUUUUACUUCAAACUGGGGAGAAUCCAAAAAUAAUUUAGAAUUCCAAACUACAAUAAAAAAAAAUUACUUUAUCCUCCUUUAAAGAGUUACUUCUAAUUCUCUCAUUGGCCAAUUUGGCAUAGUUUUUAUAUCAAUCUCUUUCCUAGACUAAAUGCUGAUGGUCAGACAGCCCUGGGACCAGCUUUGGUGGUGGCUCAGGGAAUGGCUAGUGAUUCAAAGGGCUCUAAGAUCAUUGUCUGCACUGAUGGUAUUGCAAAUAUAGGCAUAGGUAACCUGGAGAAUGCCUCAGCUGACAGUGACAAGUUCUAUGAGAAUAUUAUCAGCAAAGGCAAAUCCUGGGGGUAAGUCACAAAGUUGCCCUACGUGAACAUGGUAGUCAAUGGUAUGAAACACAAUGUUGUAAUAAGUGAACAUAGAGGUCCAAUGGGAGUAAAUGGGAGCAAUUAAUUUACAACUGCUGAAAGGCAGGCCUACAUGAGACAUUUAAAAAACUGAUGAAUUACAUAAUUCAUAAAUACUGAGAGGUAGGCCUACAUAGGAAAUUUAGAAACUGGUGAAUGUCCUACUUCAUAGAUACUGAGAGGUAGGCCUACAUAGGACAUUGAGAAACUGAUGGAUCUCAUGAGUCAGGUUAAAGCAAUUUUUAAUAUAGGAUACUAAGGCUAGAAAAAAAAGAAAAAACUUUUCUGUAGUGCUAUAAUAGCUGUAAGCUGUAUUUACUUGCCUAGUAGUUUACUGCUAUUGAGUUAUAAUGGGCUUAAUAUAAUAUAAUCAGCAAUUACAUUAAUUUGAUUUUUGUUACUGUGCUAUCUAAAUUCAAAGCUGUAGCUAUCACUAUUUUUUUUUAAAGUUUUGUAAACAUUUUAUUUUACAUUUUCAACUCAGUCUGUCAAUGUCAGUCCUGUCCUUUGACAACUGUCAACUGUCCAAGCUGGGUAAAGUGGCAGAAGAAACAGGAGGAAUUGUAAGUGCAGACCAUAGUUUUAUUAAAAUAUUUUAUGUUCAUGUAGGUGUAUAUAGCACCAAUGGUGUCAACUUUUUUUCUUUUUUUUUAAAAAAAAGAAGUUUUUGAUUUUGAGCCGGCAAUUGAAAUUGAAAGAAAAAAUGUAGAUACUUAGCAGAAGAAAUGCAUGUUUCAAAUUUAAAAAAAAAAAAAAAAAUUUAAGUUACUUUUUUUUUUUUUUUUAAAAAAAAGAAGUUUUUGAUUUUGAGCCGGCAAUUAAAAUUGAAAAAAAAAAUGUAGAUACUUAGCAAAAGAAAUGCAUGUUUCAAAUUUAAAAAAAAAAAAAAAAAUUACAGUUACUUCAUGUAGGAUAUAUAUAGAAAUUGCAAUGAAUGUUUGUAUUCCCAUUUUCCAUAAAUUUAGUAUCUCAGUUAUAAAAGCUAAAUAAAAUUAGUAUCUACAUAACUACUUGGUCUUCGGUGCCGUCUGAUUUUGUGGACCUACCUGGGCACUUCCUAGGGGCCCCAAAUGUUUGUCAUAUGAAUACUUAAAUUCCUAGUUGAGGAGGGAAUGUGGGUACCUGUGCAUUAAAUUGCCUUGGUGCUGUUGGUGUUAUCCAUUUUGAAUUCAGAAAGGGCAUCAUUUCUAUUUAAGACAAAGUUUCGUAUUAUUUAAAAGAACAAUACUAGUAUUUUUUUUAACUCAUUGGAAGUGCCAGACUGAUGAGAAAGUCAAAAUGUUUUGUUCUGUCAUUUUAAAAUAGGUGGACCUGAUUAAGCCCACAGAGUUGGGGGGACGCCUACAAAGUGAGUUGAACAGAACCACCAUUGCCACCAACGCCUUCAUAAAAUUUGUUGUUCACAAAAGCAUGUAAGAGGCCAUGUUUUGUUGUUUUUUUAUUUAUUUGUUGACAUUUUUAAUAAUUUUAGCAGAUGUAAAGUGGCAAAUAACUAAUUUUUUGUCUUAAAUUGUGUCUGAAAAUAUUCUGAGAAAUUUAUUGUAAAAAUAUUACAAUAACAAAUGUAAUUUUUACGUUUUUUUAAAACAAAAUUGUUAGCAGCUCAAUCACAUAUGAUUUGUUUUCUGUUGCUGUUUAACAAUAAAUCACGAACCAUUUCCUAAAUAAAUAGUGGAUCAAGAUAUGUUUAGGAAAGAUAAUUGUCUUGUCUUUUAUUUUCAUUAGCUGGAUGUUUCAGCGAGAUGCCUUCAUCAGCUUAAUUGUUGUAUUUACUGUUUAUUUACGUUACCUGGGUUGAAGUUUGAAGUUGAAAGCAAUCACUUAGAUAUUAACCAUUUCCUGUUUCCUAAUUUUAGAAAAUUUCUGAACAUUUAUUUAAGUUUUAUAAAAUAACAAUUUGCACAAUCCAAUUCUGCUGCCAUCUAGGUAUUGGAUCAUAUUGUGAUCAAACUGUUGACAUUAGGAAAUAGCAAGCACAUAGCUCAUUGUUAUGUUUAUUAUCUUCUUUGCUUUUUUAUGAUUCCCUGUGGUUCCUAUAUCCUGGUCCAGAAAUUGACACAGAUGCCUUUUUUUAAUAGAAAUUAUUAUCAGCAGAUUAUAUCUUAAAUUUGGCAGCUUCAUCUGUAAAUAUUAAAACUUUUGUUGAAUUUGUGACUUUCUUUCUACUUUAGGUACAUCCAAGUCGUCAAUGAAAAUGAGAAAGAAAGCACAUACAUGCACCAAAUUGGUAACAUACAGAUGGACAAGAAAAUUCCCUUCUGUUUUGCGUCUCGUUUAAGCAACCCCUCAAAUCAAAUAAACCAAGUGCCAGACCAGCAACUUCAGUUACCCCAACAGAAACACCAUCAUCAGCAGCCACCUCAGAAUUACCUGAAUGUGUCAGGUGCGCCUAUUAUGAUUAUAACAGGUGAUCAGAAUGUGUGUCCAAUGCAUGGAAUCAUCAAUCGGCCUGGACGUAACCACUCACCCCUAACCAUCACAGAGUUGCCACCUGAUUCAAACGACAGUGCAACAGGCCCCUUGCCGAUCACAGGUCCAAAGCAGACUGAUGAUGGCAAGUCACAGAUAGCAUUGAUGAACCAAGGCAGGGCCAAUAAAUCUGCUGACACUCAAGAACGUGAUCAUUUACUUGGUGAAAUGCCUCUGGGGGGUGUUCAAAAUUUAGGUAGAUAAGAAGCCUUUAGAUUACUUUACAUUUAUUUACUUUUGAGCUCAGGGGGAGGAAUCGGUAACCAACUGGCACUUUAUGGGUUUAUAAACAGCAUCAUAUAAAUUAUAAAUGGCAUUUAGUCAAGGUAUGCCACCGCCUGAAUAUGUUAGUGCUACGUGGAUAAAGUUGGCUAUUAGUCCACAAGGCUUCAGUCGUCACUCACCUCAGCCAGUGUGAUUUUCAUUUUAAAUUCAUUUUAAGUCUUUCAACUUUAUUUUCUGAACCUUUAUCAAGACCCAUGCAUGCAUCGGACACACAUUCUGAUCACAACCCAUGAAAUAAUUUCUCCGUCCGCCCACCACUCCCCUCGCCUGUUGAAAUAUUUUUCACCUUUAUGGACACAAUCUUCUUCUCUGCGUCAUCUUGGUUCUUCAACACAUAAGCUUACUUGUAAUAAUCACCUAUCCAAGUUGAGAACUCUCUUGUCAGCUCAAUACAAAGGUCAACAAGAUCUUAGAAAAUUAUUAUACUAAAAUAUUGGAGGUCGUGUUCUUUCUGUUAUCAUUCAGCAGGGUGUUGAGUAUUGUUUUAUUGUUGGGUUGGGGAUACUUUUAUAGCAAUUUUAAGUUUCAGGAUAAGGGUUUAUUUUAGUGAUGUUGAAAGUGAGCUUCAGUUAGAAGGAAUAUGAGAAUUUCUUUAAGUGUGAUUUUGCAUUUUAUUGUUUUACUUAGCCUAAAAUUUCUUCCAAUGAAAUCUUUAAACUUUGCCUGUUGUUUUGAAUUUGGGGAAUGAUUUUUUUUUAAAUUUCAAUCUAAAUCAAGGAGCAAAUAAUUUCGGAAACAGAGAUGAGAAAUCAAAUGAACCUGCACCAUCCACUAGCAGUGACCAAACCUCGGUAAAAUCAUGUGAUGAGCCCAUACCGUCAACAUCCUCAGACAAUGUCCAAGCUGCUGCCUCCUCCCCACCCAUGGACACAAAUGAACUCAAUGGGUUCCCAUUCCAAGUGCAGAUUUAUUACCAAGACAUGAAUGGUAAAAUUUCAGACAUAAAUAAAAAAAUAUUUUUAUAAAAGUUGUUUUUCUUCUUAUUUCUUAACUAAAUAUAUCUUUUUUUUUUUUUUUAAAUUUUUGACAAAGUCCUCCAUAUUAAAUAGUUUCAUUUUUUUUCUUUUUUUCAGUUAUUUUUUUUCAUUUUUUUUCUUUUCUUCAGUUAUAUUUUUUCAAUGAACUAAAAUCCUUGACUCAUAUGGACUGAGUGUUGGGGGGGGGGGUAAUGUCCUUUGCACAUAUAGAAAAGAUAAUUAAGGUCAUAUCUUCUAGGAAAAUACCUGUUAUUAAAUUCAAGUUUCCAUCAAUAUUUGUGUCAAUUUAAAACUGAAGCAAUUUUUUCCCCCCUUGUUCCAGGUGUGGAAGCCUGGAGGGUGUGGACUAAAGUCAAGCCUGUCACCAACAACAGAAAAGAGGCAGAAGCUUGUAAGUAGAUUGAAAAAAAACGAUGAGCGUGUGAGACUUUAUGUCCAAGUGUCUCAUUCACUGAUUACCGUGUGAGACUUUAUGUCCAAGUGUCUCAUUCACUGAUUACCGUAUAGAGACUUUUGUUUUCACCUGGGAAGAUACAGGAGCAAAAAUGCUACCAUUGAUUUUUUAAAUUUACUAGUAGCAUUACUAGCAAAUCAAAAUGAUUCAAUGUGCUUGAGUACUUCAAUUUUAUGUAAUUAUUGUAAUAUAAUUGGUUGUAUCCUAGACUGUUCAGGGUAUGGAACAGACCACCAUUUUAGUGCAAUCAUUUGAACAUGAAAUACAUAAUCUAUCUAUAUAUGCAUAUAUGUAGCAUAUGAAAAGAGUUAUUUCCACAUUUAUGCAGUGGAACCAUGCAUUCUUACUUUACUCAUUGGGGCCACCAUCCAUUCUUAUUGUACUCAUUGCAGCCACCAUCCAUUCUUACUUUACUCAUUGCAGCCACCAUCCAUUCUUGUUGUACUCAUUGCAGCCACCAUCCAUUCUUAUUGUACUCAUUGCAGCCACCAUCCAUUCUUGUUGUACUCAUUGCAGCCACCAUCCAUUCUUAUUGUACUCAUUGCAGCCACCAUCCAUUCUUACUUUACUCAUUGGGGCCACCAUCCAUUCUUACUUUACUCAUUGCAGCCACCAUGCAUUCUUAUUGUACUCAUUGCAGACACCAUGCAUUCUUAUUGUACUCAUUGCAGCCACCAUGCAUUCUUAUUGUACUCAUUGCGACCACCAUGCAUUCUUACUUUACUCAUUGCAGCCAUCAACUAUGACAUAACAACAACAAGCUUCAUUCAAAACUCGGCCAAACUGUUGCUCAGCCUGCAUGAGCAUCAUAAACUCACCGAUCUCAAAGUGGAAGCUGGCAAAAUCACAGACCAGAUCCGAUCUAUGACAUCACAGAAAAAGUAAGUCUGGCAGCUGAUAGCCAUCGUGGCAUCACAUCUGGUCAAUGCUGCUUGCAUGUUGUGAUGGAUCCAGAGUUAAUAAGGAGCUAGUAUUUAUUUCAGUAGCAUCAUAAGAAGACCUAAGUUGUUGGAAGGAAAUACUUCACAUAUUUUCUUAACUCAAUUGAAAAUGAUUUUAAAAAUAUCUAUUUACAUGCUCCAUAUUAACAGAAUGUGAGAAUCCAUUUAUAUUUUUUACAUGCUCCAUAGUAACCGCAUGUAAAAAUGCAUUUAUAUUUAUUUACUUGUUCCAUUGUAACAAAAUGUGAGAAUCCAGUUAUGUUUAUUAUUUCAAUUUCAUGGUUAGCUUUUCAUUGAAAAUUAUUUGAUGUUCCAACCUGACGUUUUUGACAAGGUGAAGGCUCAAUGAUUUAAAUAUAAUUUUCUGUUAACAUCUCUGAUCAGUGAUCCUCAAAUUGUUGAAGACAGGUUUCAAUGAUCCAAACAGAUCGAUAUCACAAUUUGAAAUUAUUCCAUAUCAAUUUGUUUAAAACUAUUAAUAUGUUGUAAUUGUUUGUCAUUUCUUUUAAUUGGUUUUAUAAAAGUGAAUUGCCCUAAGGUGUGAUGUCACAAGGCUUUCCGCUUAUUUAAUGUUUUAGUCUUUAUAUAUAAAAAAACAAAAUAUAUUUUUUUUUAAAUUCAAUAAACAUAGGGUUCUUGAUUCUUUUACCCAACCUAAAAAUAUUUUUUUUAUUAAAAAAUUAUCACUGAAGUGAAAAUAUUAGGGGGUCAACCAUAAAUGACAUCACAAAUCUUUCACAAAUUUUAGACACCUUAACAAUACAUCAUCACAAAGUCGUGCCCCCCUCCCCCCUUUGGAAGUGUGAAUUUAUACAUUAAUUUUUUUUUCGCUAAUGCCAUUGUAAAUUUUUACAUUAAAAUAACUUUUUACUUUUUAAUGCAGUCUAAAUGCAACAUGCCAUGUUAUAUUAUUUCAGAAACAUGGACAACAACUUGUAUAGAAAACUAUCAGAAUUUUCAGAUUUGGCCAGUGAGGUUAGUUGUAAACUUGGUUAAUGUCUCUGUUUGUCAUGGGGGGGGGGGGGUUGGCAUCCUCAUUCCAUAAUCUAUUAAUAUGAGAGUCGUCGUCCCCCCAACACCCCCCCCCCCCCCCCCCCCCCCCCAACAAAACAAUAGUUACAAUCUGUUAUGUGCAGCAAAGUUCGAUUCCUAUAAAAAAUAAAUGUAUUGCUGCAGGGGAGAGCACUACCUUUUUGUCUGGUGUACAGCUUUUACAUAAAACUAGAUUGUGGUUUGUCUUUUUUUUAUGUUAAGCAAUUUAAGUUAUAAAAUGUAUUUAAUAAGUUAACAGUUUAUUAUUCUAACAAAAUUUACCUUGUUUUUACUCUCAUUAGUUUCACUGGCAAUGUUUUAAGCUUAAAAUCUUAAGAUUUUAAAGCACUUGUUAUGAAUAAGAUAUGAAGCAAUGGUUUAAAAUAUGUCUGUGUAUUAAUCUUAGUGUUAGAGGAUUUCUUAAAAGUAGGCUUAAAUUUUAACAUUGGUCUGGCUUAUAUCUAUCAAUUUGAUUGUUUGGUUAUUUAGGUAUUUGGAUUUAAUUUUCUUUUUCAUAAUGCAAAGUGUAGAAUUAGAAAAGAGUUAGUAGUAAAACAGUCAUUUCGUUAAAAUUACAUAAUUUAUUAUUAUUUUUCUUGAGCAGAUUGCCAAUUCAAGAAAUGGGAUCAUCACUGAGGAAACUGUCUCAAAGCUCUUCAAAGUGCAAGCUCUCAGGGAUGUCCGUGGCUAACUGUCCUUGAUUGGUGUUCCAGCAGAAAGCAUACUUUUAAUUUUUUUUCAGUUUGUUAUAAAGUCAUGUCAACCUAAAAGAUGAAAGGGAGUUUUAAAGGUGUAGCGUUUCAAUAUAUAAAUACCAAAAAAAAAAAAUAAUAAUAAUCAGGACUCAGUAUCUUUUUACCAAAGUGAACAGAUAAGCUAUUUAACGUGGUGUUAGUACUAUACGGUCACAGACAGAACUGUGUAAUUAUGGUAAAUUACAUAUUCAUUUUAAAGGUUUUUAUCUCACAUUGUAAAUGUAUAAAACUUUGUUUGAUUUUUUAUAUAUAUUCUGCCUUGUUAUUAUUUUUAUUUGAUACAUAUCUUUCAUAUCUGUAAGUGUAAAAAGUUUUUUUAUUUUGCAAUGUAAUUACCUUUUCUUUGUAACUUGAUAUUAAGUAACAUGGUAAAGAAAUCCAGACAACAUAUUUAAUAUGAAAGUUAUGUGACGAAUGUUUUUAAUUUUAUUAAUUAAUUUUUAUUUUACAGAAAACUUGAUGUCAUUAUCUUUUGUGAAUGUAUUUUAAAUUCAUCAGCUUUGUAAAAAAUUAAAACAAACUUUUAUAUUCUUUUCCUACAUGAAGGGUUAACAUCACUCACGCCAUCCACAUGUUGCAAGUAAGGGAAAUAACAAAAUAUUUGCAAAAAGAUAUUUCCUUUAAUUGAAUAAAUUCUCCUUAAUUAAAAGAAAAAAUUUUGCCCUAAAAAAUUUGCUUGAGGCUGUUGGUUUUUAGUCAGACUUAAACUAAAUCAUUUCUCUGUGCAUAAAUUCUGAAGUUGUUCAGAUCACUUGCAACAAGUAAAUAGUGAGUUUUCUUUAAUAUUAGCUUAAAAACACUUAAUUGGUGUACAUACUUACAUGUUUAUUGAAAACACUUAUUUAAUAGAUAUUAUCAUCAUCAUGUCCCUUAGUCCUUGGACCGUUGGGGCGCCACAGAUGACAUGUGAACUAUCCUCCUCCAUUCGUCUCUGUCUUCUGCACAACGCACAGCAUCGCCCAGUGUUAGUUCUGUCCACUCUUUGAUGUUAUCCUCCCAUCUUUUUCUUUGUCUUCCACUUCUUCCCCCUCCUCUUGUGGUGCCCGGCAAUAUUUCUUUGGCAAGCCCUCGUUUCCUUGUUACGUGGCCGUACCAUUGUAGUUUGCGUUUUUUCAAUAGAUAUAGCUGAUGGAAAUAGAUGUGAAUCACUUCAUGAAAUGAUAAUGAUGAAGUUCAACCCGAGAUAUUAGUGUAUAUUGUACAUCUGACAUGUAAAUAAAUAAAAAGCUUUUGUUUUGACCACCAUGUAAUAGUUACAGUGAUAAAGUCUUGCCAUAAAUUUGUAUAACAAUGUUCAUAAACACCAUAAUAUCUGCCACUGUAACGUCAAGUUAGAUGUUUCUUGUGGUUUUCCACGAUUUGAUCUAGUAAAGGGAAAAUAAUAGUAUCAUAAUUUCAACCUUACAAUAGAGUGAUAUGUCUCAGUAAUCUUGUGUGUAAAGGGUAUGGGAUAAGAUUUCCAUAUUUCACCAUAUAUUUGAAGCUUACCUUAUAAAAGGCAUAGAACGUGUGUACACUAUUUCAGCAUAAAUUGGCAGUUACCUAAUGAAGGGCAAACUCUGAAUUUAAACCAAGAGUCAGAAUGAUCAAUAAAUUUAUCAUGGGUCCCUCAAAUAUAAGAAGAAGAAGGGCUUGGGUCGGGAACACUAUUUCUUCAUAAAUUUGAAGCUUACCUUAUAAAAGGCAUGGGACACGUGUACACUAUUCCAACAUAAAUUUGAAACCAGGAAGGAGGUUGGAUUUAAUUUUAUUUUUUUUAAAUUGUAAAUUCUCAAAAAUGUAAAUAUUAUUCAUAUAUAUCUUUCAGGUCAUCUUGCUUAUUUUCUUUAUUAGCAAAUCAGAAUGCAAAAUAAACGUUUCUAACUGAUUGUAUUCUGAAUUAAAAUUGCUACUGUAUGCUUCAUUAUUUGAUCAGUCCUGUCAUGCCUUUGAAACUUCAGCCUCUAUUCUUUGGUCUAGGGUCGCGGCCUGCACAACAUACGGCCCGCCAGCAACCACUUUGCAGCCCGCGAAGUGACGAAAUAUUCUUUAUUCCUAUUAUUUUCGUAAUAGCUUUCCUCCCUGUCCUAUUUUCUUUUGGCCCGCAUAAGUCCUGUCCUAUUUUCUUUCAGCCCGCACAAGUUUUUCAUAAAGUAUUACGACCCGCCUUACAUUUUGAGUUGUGCAGGCCUCGUCUAGGGUAAUUGCACUUUUAUAAAAACAGAUAUGGGAAAAUAAGAAUACUGAAAAAACAACCAUUAUUAAAGCUGUUUGUUCUUGAAUGGCAUUUUUAGUGUCAAAGCUCAUUUUUUCAUACCGGUAAUACAGUAAAACCCGUGAAUAGCACAAACCCGUGACCGAACCAAAAGUGGGGCUAUUUAAAAUAAGGAUGAUAUUCGCAGGUUCAGCCAGAAUGAUGAUCAUGCACAUAGUAAUUUGAAAGGAGAAGCCAUGUGCACUGUAGAAUAAGUUAAUAAUUUUUUUGUUUACGUCGAA